AUGACCGACUCAGACUUCUUCACCGAGAGCGACGCCGACGGCCACGAGGAGGCCAGGGCGCCACCUCCGGCCGCCGCCCCCGCCGCCCACGAGGAGCCGCCCUCGUCCUCCUCCAGCUCCGCCGCCACCGGCUGCGGAGACCGCCGCGCACAGGUGAUUGACGGCACGCUGUACAACGAGUCGCAGCGGCUGCAGCAGCGCUGCCCCAGCUUCACGGCCUCCUCCGAGAUGGAGUCCAGCGGCGUCUUCUCCGACCUGGAGCCGCGGCGGCCGGAGGACGGCGACGCCGACGCCGACGCCGACGACGCCUCCGCGGCGCACGACGCGUCGCCCAGCGGCUCCACCGGCAGCGUCUCGGAGCACAGCCAGGAGAAGGAGGCGCAGAGCCCGACGGGCAGCAACGUGACGGCGAGCACGACGGUCAUCCCGGAGGAGGCGUCGCUGGAGGAUGCGGAGCGCGCGCUCACCGAGGAGAACAACCUGAAGAACCUGUCGUCGCCCGUCAUCACAGAGCUGGCCGCGCCGCAGACGACGACGACGCCGCCGCCGCCGGCGGUCGAGGCGGCGCCCCAGGACCAGCCCAAGCCGGCGGCCGGCGCCAAGCCGCGAGAGCUCAAGAAGUUCAAGAUGCCCAAGCGCAACGUCGUGUCCAAGAUCAAGGCCAUGAUCGAGGCGCCGGCGCCGCAGCCGCAGCCGCACGAGGACCAGGAGAACCAGCGGCCGGCGCACAAGCCCAAGAAGGGCGGCCGCUGGGACGCCGUCAUGAGCAAGAUCGCGCAGGGCCAGGCGGAGCAGCGCGUGCUGAAGAGCCACCUGAAGGAGGUGAAGAGCAAGGUGUUCGCCGGGCUGGGCGCGCCUCCGGCUCCGGACAGCACGACGGCCCGCAGGAAGGCGGCCACGCCCACCUCGCCGGCGGUGAGCGCGCUGGAGCGCACCGGCUCCGCGGACUCGACCACGCCCACCAGGACCAAGAGCAGGCGGCCCCGCACGCGCGCGUCGCCCAUCUCGCAGACGCUGCCGCUGUCCGGCCACAGCUCGGUGCGCAGCUCCGUCAGUGACGUCAGCGGAGAACACGCCUCGCCGGCCACGCCCUCCUGCAAGAGCGUCUCCUCGCUACGAUCAGCGAAAAAGCGAGCAGAUACGACUCGAGCGAACAGCCCACUCAGCGAUGGGUCCCUCAACUCGUCCGCGUCUCACCAGCCGGCGCGCAGACAGAACCAGCAGUCCGCCGCAAGAGCGCGCACGCACAGCGUCAAAGGAAGUGGCGCCUCUGGUGGACGCUCCUCAAAGCAUUUGGUGGCAACGGCGCGCGUGCUCAAAGAUUCAUCUCGCAACAAUAAGCUCGUCUCUCAACGGUCCACUGAAGAGAAGAACGGGGUGCCGGACAUGAAGACGCCCGUGGCGCGCAAGCCGGCGUCCCGGCGCUCGGCGCCGGUCACCACCCCCGCCAAGCCGCAGCCUCUCAGGGAUCACAACCGCGUGGCGGGCAGCGGCGCGCCGCUCAAGGAGCCGGCCGGCAAAUUGCAGCCGCAGCUGCAAGCCGCCCCGGCCGUGCCCACGCGCGCCCAGCUGCAGCAGCUGCGCCACAGCGCCACCGGUUUCGAGGCUUUCGCCGUGCUCGUCCAGUACCUCGUCAAUGACACGGAAGAGAAAAGGUGUCGGUAUGAGGAUGAGAUUUCGCGCCUGGAAUGUCUCCAUUCGGAGCGAGAAGCAGCAUUGCUGCAGGAUGGCUUGUCAAAGCUGCAGCAGGCAGAGGCAGAGCACCAAACGCCAGCUCAGAGAAAGUGAGCAGCGUGCCAAAGACCUGCGCGAGCGCCUGGAGGCAGCUGACGCAGAGACAGCCCGUUGCAACGGCAGGUCGAGGACCUCGUCAGUAGAGACCACGAAGCCCAGUUGCAGACGGAGCAGACGCGGUGUCGGUACGAGGGUGAGAUUUCACGCCUGGAGCGUCUCCACGCAGAGCGAGAGGCAGCAUUGCUGGAGGAUGGUGUAAUGAGGCUGCGCCAGGCAGAGGCGGAGCACAAACGCCAACU